UGUAACUUUUCAGUUUCUGAACCGAAAAUAGUGAUGUCGAUUGUGUACAUGGCAUAAAUUCAAUUUCUUUAAUUUUUUACGUAAAAUAUGAUGUGAAUAAGUGAAUUAGCACGAAUAAAUUGAAUAAUGGCGUUCGUAAGCGCUGUGACCGGCGAUGACUCCACGAAGAAAUUCAUGGACGUCCUUCAAAACGAUUUCAAGACAUUGAGUUUGGAGACCAAGAAGAAAUAUCCUCAGAUAAGAGAGGCAUGUGAUGAAGCCAUUGAGAAGCUAUCCCUGGCCUCCAACAACCCUCAAGCCUCUUUGUAUGGAGUGGUUAACCAGAUAUUGUACCCUCUUGUCCAAGGAUGUGAGUCUAAGGAUCUGAAGAUCAUCAAGUUCUGUCUCGGCACCAUCCAGCGUCUAAUAGCCCAGCAAGGCAUAGAUGCCAAGGGUGCAAGGCAUGUGGUAGACUGCCUCUACAACCUGGGGCAAGCAGGAGUGCUGGAGCUCAAACUACUGCAGACUGCUGCCUUGCUGAUGACCACGUCGGAUCUGGUGCAUGGAGACACCCUGGCUAGGACCAUGGUGAUGUGUAUGCGCAUGGUAUCGCCGUCGGAGAGCCGUGACGUCAGCACCAGUCAUGCGGCGGCAGCUACGGUCAGGCAGCUAGUGGCGUUGGUGUUCGAGAGGGCAUUGGCUGAGGCUGAGGGUGCUCUUAAAGUGAACCCCGCCGAUGUUAGACCACAGACUAACAAUAAGGCACCUAAGGAUCUAAAACCAUGCGCCGUCGAUGCAUAUCUUAUAUUACAGGAUAUAAUCCAGUUAAUAAACGGCGACGCAGCACAUUGGCUGGUCGGUAUAUCUGACGUGCCGAAGACAUUCGGCUUGGAGUUACUGGAUACCGUGCUCACGGAUUUCUCACCUAUAUUCUUUAAAAUAGCGGAAUUCAGAUUCCUAUUGAAGGAACACGUGUGUGCUCUCAUCAUCAGGCUGUUUUCACCAAACGUCAAGUAUAGGGCAGCGUUCACCGGAGUGCACAUCCCGGGUGCUGGCAGUACCGCGGGCGCUGGUGCAGGCGCCGCCGCCGAGCGGCCACACUUCCCCGUCACCAUGCGCCUGCUGCGGCUCGUGUCCGUCAUAGUGCACAAGUAUCAUGCUGUGCUGGUGACAGAAUGCGAAAUCUUCCUAUCUCUCACAAUAAAAUUCCUGGACCCCGACAAACCGAUGUGGCAACGAGCGUUAGCUUUAGAAGUACUACACAAAAUGACUAUACAACCUAAUUUACUAAAAGCGUUCUGCGAAUGCUACGACAUGAAGCCGCACGCGACGAACAUAUUCCAAGACAUUGUGAACGCUCUCGGCGCCUACGUGCAGAGUCUGUUCGUCGCUUCUAAUGUUAAUACUGCUGCUGGCUCAUCAGGUAUACCGCAGCAGUCAGGAUUCUACUGGAAAGGAGUAUGGCUACCACUUUGUGUUACCUUCGACCCUGGCACUGCUAAAUCUGUGUAUAUAGAGAUGCUAGACCGAUCAGAAGCGCCGACCAUACAGGAUGGGUACGGCAUAUCAGUCGCCUACGCUUGUCUCAUGGAGAUAAUACGGUCAAUAGCCAUCAGUGUCGAGGGAAGCGAAUAUUUCAGGCUACAAGAAAUGUAUGAAGACAUACAGAACGAUACAGAAGAAAGAGAAAUCAACUCCAAUAAGAAUGGAAAUAACAAAGUAGAUGUGGACAACAAGACGGACAAGAUAAUAACGAACAACUCUCACAACGGCGAGGCGGAUCAGAACUCCAACGUGGUCAAGAAGAUUGAAGAUGAAGUCGAGGAUAAGGAAUUACAGCUUAGAUUACAGUUGCUGAAAUCGUCAUGGUGUGGUCUAGUAUGGGGUUUAUCAGUACUAGCUGAAGCCAGUAUAGGUGAAUUAGAGAAUAUACUACGUGCCAUACAAACCUUGGCCAGAGUCAGCGGGAAGGUAGGACACUCAGUCGGUCGCGACGCGUGCGUUAGCGCAUUAUGCCGCUGCGCCCUCCCCGCGCAGUACGUAGUGCCAGCCCUCGGAGCCCUAGGCGCUCUGCCCUGCCCCUGGCGCCGCGAGCCGCCGCCCCCGCCCGACCCGGACUAUAGGCAUCAAGUUGUGUGGGUUGGGACUCCGCUGCCAUCCGCGUCAUUGCCUACAGGCCAACAACAAUCGUUCGUGAUGGUGACGUCCCGUCACGUGACGGCGAUGAAGGCGCUGCUGUGCGCGGCACAGCGCGACGGCGACACCAUACAGCAGGCGUGGCUGCCCGUGCUUACUACGCUGCAGCAUCUGGUCUGGAUUCUGGGCCUCAAACCUUCAACCGGCGGCAGUAUGAAGGCGAGCCGCGCAAGCGCAGAUGCCAACGCCGUCAUGAGCACUUCCGCUGUCAUGGCCGAUCUACCAGGGCAGCAAGUUCCCGUGGCCGAGUCUCUCGGAGUUAUGAGUGCGCUUUCAGCGAUGUUAUCACGAGUGUUCGAGUCUUCGAAGAAUUUGGAUGAUGUAGCAUUACAUCAUCUGAUUGAUGCGCUGUGCAAGCUUUCCAACGAGGCUAUGGAACUCGCUUAUUCUAAUAGGGAACCAUCACUAUUCGCAGUGGCGAAGUUACUUGAAACUGGAUUAGCAAAUAUGCACAGGAUAGAGGUCAUGUGGAGACCUAUUACUAACCAUCUACUCGAGGUUUGCCAACACCCACACAUACGCAUGCGCGAGUGGGGAGUGGAAGCCAUUACGUAUCUAGUGCAAGCCGCCUUCCAGUACCAUCAUGUUAAUCCUGUGUUAGUUACCGAGGCUCGUGAACGCCUCCUCUUGGAGCCACUUUCAGAGCUGUGUGCAGUGCGGCAGUGUGACGUCAGAGCUCGGCAGCUGGAGUGUGCAGCCAGGCUGCUGCACUCCAGGGGAGACCAGCUCGGCGCCGCCUGGCCGCUCAUGAUGGAGAUCAUCUCUGCUAUAUCCUCGCAUCAUAGCGAGCAGCUGAUCCGCUCAGCGUUCCAGUGCGCUCAGGUGGUGGCCGGCGACCUGCUGGGCUGCGCCGGCCCGCGCUGCCUGCGCCAGGUGCUGGCCGCCGCCGCCGCCUUCGCCACGCAGACCAAGGAGCUCAACAUCAGUCUCACUGCUGUGGGGCUCAUGUGGAACAUAUCGGAUUACUUGUACCACAACCGGGACAAAUUAGUAGCAGCGUUAGCUAAUGAUACAGCCGUAUGUCCCGAGGUGCCCAACCACGCUGAACUGCCGCCGCUGGACAAGCUGUGGAUGUGUCUAUAUAUUAGACUUAGCGAACUAUGCACGGAGCCCCGUGCUCCAGUCCGUCGCGCCGCCAGCCAGACGUUGUUCAGCUGCAUCGGCGCCCACGGCACCCUGCUCAGCAAGCCCGCCUGGCGAGCACUGCUGGCUGUGCUCUUCCCUAUGUUGGAACAGGUGCAAAAACAAUCGAACAUAGCGAGUUCUGAGAAGGUGGAUACGGGAGAACAUAUCCUCAUACAUCACACUAGAAAUACUGCGCAGAAGCAAUGGGCGGAAACACAGGUGUUAACCCUAUCAGGCGUGUCCCGCGUGUUCCACUCGCGGUUCCAACUGCUGACCACGGUGGGAGAUUUCAACCGAUCCUGGACAGCACUGCUGGACUACAUCACUGACUUCGCUUUAAGGAGGAGUCAUGAGGUAUCUGUAGGAGCACUAAAAUCAUUCCAAGAAGUGGUGUCAGCAGCAGGCCGGGCUACCGAGGUGGAGGCCUCUCUACAGAGGCGCGUGUGGGCGGCUGCCUGGGCAGCAUGGACUAAUAUAGCCUCUGCAUCACCUUCCGACCCUCCUCCAUCAGAAGACGGCAAGCCGGUGGAAGUGUACGCGCCGUCUCUGAACUUCCUCACCACGCUUGUACAGAUCUUCCCUCUCAUCUUCCAACAUAUACGACCCACGUUCACAGCAGCGGACGUAACAAAGCUAGGCUCGUGCUUAUCCCACGUGUGCAGCACGGAGCCGUCGGCCGCGGCCACGGCGCUGGACUCGCUGGCGGCCGCCGCGCCCGUCAGCCUGCAUGCGCUGCACUGCCUCGAUAUUGUGCAUAAGGAAGCCCUCCAACGCCACGAGCUGUUACCAGCUCUGUUCUCAGCACUGACAUCGUUGGCGUCGGCUUGCGGCAGCCGCGCGGGCGCCGCGCCGCGCUGUCUAGCGGCGGCUACCGCGCUGUACCGAGCCGCGCCUGAAGCUGCUAAGCUUGUGUUACCUGAUUUGUUGGUUGCGUUACAUACAUCAGUACAGAAAUAUGGUCAGGACAAGCGACGGAAGACAGCUGAGCAAAUGGAGGAAACCGCACAGAUCUCAUCGUUAUUACUGCAAGUAUUAGAGACUGGUCUUCCACUAGCGAGAGAGGAGCCGGAGGUAUACAAAGAAUUUUGGGAGACCCUACCCAAAGUACUCGAAACAUUCCUGUUUGAACCACCCGUGGGCGGCGGUCGCGCAGCCCGGGCGCUGGUGCUGGCGGUGCGGACGCAGGCGCUGCGGGCGCGGCCGCGGCUGCCGGCGGCGCAGCUGCGGCCGCUGCUGGCGCUGGUCCGCGCCGGCUCCUUGCACACGCAGCCGCCCACUCCUAUACAAAAUGAGCAAGAGUUAAAGGAGAGAGAAGAGUUCGCGCGCACGUGCUUCGAGACCCUCCUGCAGUACUCCAUGCUUGAGGACAUCGACUCCUUCGCGGGCGUUGAGAAUGACACAGACCCCUUAGCGAUAGUCGCGUUGUUAGACAGGUUUCAGGAGGUCAUCUCCAAAUAUACACAGGACGAAGAUAAUACGGAACCACUGCCUAGGCAACAGGUUUCGGAAAUAUCUUUCGUGCUGAAGGCGGUGGCCACACUCACAGAGAGCAUGCGCAAAGCGCCGCCCGGGAAAGUCGACGCCGCCGCCUGGCAGAAACUUAUAGCACUGUACCCGUACCUAGUACGCUUAGCGGGCAGCGCGUUAUCCAGCGGUGCGGGCGCAGGCGCCGGCGCAGCGCUGCGCGAGGCGCUGCUGCAGUUCGGUGCGCUGCUCGCCGCGCCGCUAUAGCGACGCCUCACAUACACCAUACACAUAUAGGUGGCGUCAAAACUCAUAGAAGUUGCCGCGGCGCGGCCACAGAUGGCGCAGCACCGAUAAUUAUGACUAGGUAUAUAACAUGAAUUAAUAUAUAAUGUACUAAAACUGUCUGUUAAGUUAUUGUUAGCUAGAGUAAAAUAUUAUAGAUAGAAAUAUAUACUGAGUCUGGAUUUUACACAUUGUUUAAAAAUAAUUUAGAACUUGGUUAGAAAGAUACAUUGGGUAAAGAUCUCCAAAACUACCAAAAAUAAUCUAAAACAAUUAAAAACUUAGCAAUGUGUAACAUCUAGGCUCAAAAGAAUUAAUUUUAUUAAUAAAGAGACAACCAUAUUAAUUUAAUGUUUUAUUUUCUUAUUGGUAAUUGUACAUAAUGGUCUAUGUUGUUCUCACGUAUACAGACAUGAAAUAAUACUUUCGUUUGUCUGAAGUUGGCUAAUAAUGACUUUAUAAUAGUCAAUAUGUGUGAACAAAACUCUACUGCGCUUGCACAAGGCUUGAAAUGGCUAACCUCAGAGAAUCAAAGAUAUUUGACUUGAAUUUUAACAUCACAAUGACAAACCAUGGAAAGUUUAUAGCAAAGAAAAACGAUACGUGAAGAAGUACGAAAAAGUACACCUUAUUUUAAAGUGUAUAAAAGAUGUUUUUUUUACAAAAUAAAGUCAUUCAAUUCUAGAACAAUAUAUUUUGUCUGUAUAUUUAGACCAACAUACCCCAUUUUGUAAAGAACCACAAAAGCAUUCCUAUUUACAAUCGGUUAACUUAUAUAAGUUUUUAUAUUUUGUAUAUAUUGAAGUAUAUAUUCUACUAUAUAUUGUUGGCAAUUAACGAAAAUAUCACUCGAAAUACAGCAAUAUUUGCACAGUAAGCAACAGCUAUUCUAUAACAUUAUAAAUAAGUAUCUUAGAAUAACUAAUAAGGAGUGAUAGUGACAUCUUUAAAUACUUACCGUCGUACCACAAAAACUUUUAAACGUCAGUUUAACACUUGUCUAAAAAAUGACAGAUUCUGAUGUUGAAAUAAGGUCCAUUUUGCAGCCACAUUUUUUUAGACAAGUGUUUGAAACAUGUUUAAGUUUUUGUAGUAAGACCAUUAUUAUUUAUUCUAAUAUACUUCUCAAGCAGCUAAAAAGGCACCUGCUUUUAAAAUAAGCAUCUAAAUAAGGUUUUGACAAAUAAAGCUAGCUAUAAACAAAAGAGUGAAGCCAUAGAUAAGGAAUGUAGCGGAUUUUUGUAAUUAAUACACGUUUAUGCGAGGCUUAAAAUUAUGGCAGAAAUAGUUCUAAACAGCUUUGCUCAAAUAGAUAGGAUUCAAGCUUGAUUUUAUAUAAAAAAUAAGAACUAAAAAUUUUCAACUAAAUAUUUGCUUGUUUCAAUUAUUGAUAGGGCCAAUUUUUCAAUCACCAAAUAACUUAUACUUAAAACGACAAAUUGAGAACCUCCUCCUUUUUAGGAAGUCGGUUAAAAAAUAUGGUUGACGUUUCGAUAACUUUUAUAUGAAAAAUAUGUUAAAUCGCCAUAUUUAUUAGAUAGAAGUUAAUUACUGAUUGAAAAAUCGACCUUAAAAGAAGGCUGCUUUUGAGGCUACGGAUACAGCUUAUCAACAUAGAUAACACAUUUUUGGAGUAACAUAACUAGAUAGGUACUUAAAAUUCUGCUGACCAAAACGCCUAAAUAUUAAGCCUCGUAGACAAGCAAAUCAGUGCGUUGUUACCGACAAACUUUAUAUAAGAAAUCACAUCAAUUAUAUACCCUUUUCAUAACGUGCAAUGUCAAUAGUAAGUUAGCGGAUUGCUGCGAUUCUGUUGUGCACUAAACAAUUAAAAUUAUAAUAAAUAACUAAAUAAUGUUUAAGUUUCCCGUUCUGGCGCCCUCAGAUAGUUAUUUUGCAGUGCCCCAUUUUAUAUUGAGCCUGUCUUCCUGACGCCCUGGCAUCCUUCUAAACCCAGAUGACUAAUUCAUAUUAAGAAUAGAAUAAGGUUGUGUGACAUACACCUAUCAUUUGUCAUUUUUGUAAAUGUUAUAGCCAAAUAAAAGAGAGAAGUCGCUAAUUAAAAUUUCCUUAUAGAACUUUCAAAUAAAAUGUAUGUUUAAGCUUCUGCUAUUCUGUUGUUUUCUUUAAAAUACAUCAUAAGUUUAGUUUAGUGCACAACAGAAUGGUCGUUAAUAGCCAUAUUUUUUAGCUUUAUAAUAAAAACAAUAAACACACAGAAUUAUCCUGAAAGGUAAUGAUUUUUUGAUUUCUAGAGCUAAUUAAUUAAUAUUUUAUACCAUAGAGUAAAGCAUAGACAAGUGUGUAGUUAGAACCUUUUUCUACAGUGGCGCUAGAAGACUUUGCUGUUUGAAAUGUUUUGUGUGUACAUUAUGUAUAAAAGUUUUAUAUAUUAUAAUAUAUAUAACGCUACAAGUAAUUACUCUACGAUAGUCUUAAAUACAUGUCUUCUUAUAAUUCUAGAAUUCCCAUAGAUACUAACCAAUAGUUGACUAGGAAUAUUUUCGGCACCUACUUUUUAGGAUAUAAGUUGCACCUUUGAUUAAUUAAUGCAAGCUCAUUAUUACCUUUAUCAUAGAUUUAUAAUAGAUUUUAGAUUGGACAGACAUAUUUAUAAAUGGUACUUACAUGAAAUGCUUAUUGUGCCCACAUGAACUAUUCUUUUGAAAAAAAAAAGCUUAUAAUUAAUGAAAUAGUGUUAAGCAACCGCUAGAAACUUGAUUUUGAAAAUACAACUUUCAGGAUAAUUUUGUGUACACAAUACAAUAAUGUACCCACAUUAAGUGUGAAUAUAUUAUAUUAUUUAAAAUUAAAUGUUUGUUUGUCGUCAUUGAUAGAUAUUUUAUUAAGAAUAGAGACAUCGAAGCUAACUAGUGCCAAUAAAUUAACUCAUUUAAAGGCACAACUUUUGUAAAUACCUGACUUCUUAACGUUUUUAAUCGUUAGUGCCAAAGCACGGUAUUUCCACUGUAAGCUUGUAAGAGAAAAAACUUACUAUACCUUUGACCCUGUAACCCAAUUGUUUCAAAUAUUUUUGCGCUUCACACUAGCUAGCGAGGCAGUCAAUCCUGUCUUCCGCAGUGGGGCCAACCAGGGCCAAAGCCUGCCGGGUACUGCGGGAUUGUUCGAAAGAGUUACCGCGGCCCUGGUACAUAAAGGGCUUAAGAAGGAACAUGAUGUUCUUUAGUCAGUAAGAGUCUGAUAGUCCCUCACGCUUAGGGCUGCCAUUUCGAAUUUCGCCAAACCCGGACAAAUAUUUAAAAAAACCCGGACAUUUGGCGUAAAUAGCAUUUUUUCCCCGGACGAGUCCGAUUUUUUUUUUAAUAUUACCAUAUUACUUAAUUUAUUUAUUCGACUUACACGGCUUUAACAGCCAAUUACAUAAAUCGUAAAUUUUUUUAAAUUCAAUGAGGUCCUUCCUUACAUUAAAAGUCAGGGCCGUCUCUAGCUCAUGUAGUACCUAGUAUUGAAAGAUUGUGACUUAAUGUAUUUCGAAGGUCAUAAUUAAGAAAGCUCAUAUGGAAACUAGGAGUUACCUUCUUGAUAGGUUAGACAAAAAAAUGUUGAAAAAUACAAACAACUGUAAAGUGAAGUCGCCGAAAAUUUUUGAGUUUUGGGUCACUAAAGCACCUAAACUUGUAUAAUAAAAAAAUCCGCAAAGUGAAGAAGCCGCAAGCGAAGCGAGCGCAAAAUUUUUUGAAUAUUGGGAUUUUAAAGUAGCUAAACGUAAAAAAAAAAUGUGUUAAGAAAAGAAGUCGCGAGCGAAGCGAGCGCGAAAAUUUUGGAGUUUUAGGACACUUCGACUUCUGCAUUAUUAGGCGCCCGGGUAAUUCGCAUACCCAGGCACCAUAGGUUAAGAUGGCCCUAUGAAAAAUGUCCGGGUUUUCCCCGGACACUUCUUGAAACCCCGCCCGGACGGCCCCCGGACGGCCUCCAAACGAGGACAAAUCCGGGGAAACCCGGACGGAUGGCAGCCCUACUCACGCUGCACCCACAGCGGGAGAGGUCAUUUGAUGAUUUCCCAUUAAAAAGGCAAUGCUGUCUUAUUAAUAGAUAUUAUUUUAUAUGACAGAUUUUAUAUGAAUGUUUGCUACUCUUUCGUUAUUUUUAGCCAUAGUAAAGUCUUAUUGCACCUACGGUUUUUAAAUGUGAUAUCUCUCUUAACCUACUUAUCAAUGACGAUACAUAAGUUAUAGCUCGAUGUGUUACAUGUAAUGUAAAUACAUCUGUUUGUAUAUUAUGUUUGUGUGUGAAAUUGUUCAGUAUUUUUGUAAUAGAGGCUCUUUACUUGAACUGACAUCUCAUUUGCAAUACAGUAACGACUGUUAGCUCCUGAUAAUUUCUAGUUAAAAGCUAAAAAUUAUCCAUCAAAUCUUCGAUUUGAAAUUGCUAUAAUUAUUAAGGUUCAAGUUCACCGACAAUAUAAACGUCAGCUUUCUCAAACAAUUAUUUUCUAAGAUUUUUACGUACAAAUUUCAAAGUAAACAGUUGUUUUAAGAAAAACUGAGGUUUUAUUGUGAAUUUGAGCCUCAAAAGUUUAGCAACAUGAAUUAUUUCUACCUAUAUGUAUGUAUGUGAUGCGUAGGAGUCAGUUUAAGUAUCGUGCCUCAGUUAGCGACAUGUAAGGCGUUAGACGACGCCCGCCUAACACGAGUGCGACGUUACAUUGUGUUGUUAUUAUUACGAAAUAAACAAUAUUGUAUCAUA